AUGGAAAAGGAGCAGCGACAGCCAUUGCGAUGCCUACGCCCUGCACCUUUGACCCACCUGAGUGUCAUAGAGAAUCCUUGUGGCCUGAAGAGGAAGCACCGGUCCUUGGUGCUGCCUGAGCACCAUGCAGCCUUCACCAGGCUGCUCGAGGAUCCGGUCAUCAAGAGAUUCCUGGCCUGGGAUAAACAAAUGGGUGCCUCUGACAAGUACCUCCUGGCCACGGUCAUCGCCUACUUCAGCCGGGCCGGCCUCUUCCCCUGGGAGUACCAGAGGAUCCACUUCUUCCUGGCGCUAUACCUGGCCAAUGACAUGGAGGAGGACGACCAUAUCCUUAAACAAGGCAUCUUCUUGUUUCUCUAUAACUGGAAUUUGAAACAGAUUUCCGAGUUCCACAAGCUGCGCUACCAAUUCAUCUGCUGCAUGGACUGGAACCUCAGGGUGACCCGAGAGGAGUGUGAGGAGAUCCAAGCCUAUGACCCUGCACUCUGGGUGUGGAGCCGAGAUCGCGCCCUCAUCCCUGGACCCUGGUACCCUGAGAACAGUGCCCUCAAGAAGAGGACUCCGUGGUUUAGAUUCCUGGCCUGGGACAAGAACCUACUGACAUGUGACCAGAGCCUCCUGGCCAUGGUCAUCGCCCACCUCAGCCAGGCCGGCCUCUUCUCGUAUCAGUACCAGAGGAUCCGCAUCUUCCUGGUGCUGAGUACUGCUCCACCCCCACAGACCACAGCCAGCCUGGGAAGGGGUAUGUCUGGAUCUCACCAGGUGUGGGUGGCAUCUGGUUCCCAAGUCACCUCUGCAGAAGGCACCCACUGA